GAGAGAAGACCAGCCAUAGCACUUCGCUAAAACAACACAGACAGAGAAAACAGAGACAACAUCGGAGACAGAGGUUUUCGUGACCAUGAAGCGGCAGAGCAGAGUGUUUGCGGUGAUGUUUGUGGUGGCGGUGGCAUGGUGUGCGGUGGAAGGCGCCGAUGAAAUGGCGACCAAGUGCGGGAAGGUGAUUCAGGAUGUUAUUCCGUGUAUGGGUUUCGCUUCGGGGAAGGAAGCGAAACCGGCGGAGAAAUGCUGCGACGCAACCUCGAGCAUAAAGCAGAGCAACCCAGAGUGUUUGUGCUACAUCAUUCAACAGGUCCACAAGGGUAGUCCAGAGGUCAAACAAAUGGGGAUUCAAGAGGACAAGUUGCUUCAACUCCCUUCCCUCUGUAGCGUCAAGAACGCCAGCAUCACCGACUGUCCCAAGCUUCUGGGUCUAGCACCAAAUUCCCCUGAUGCUGCGAUUUUCACGAACUCUUCGAAGGUAACUCCUGCAACAUCGAACACACCAAGUACGACCCCACAAAGCCAAAACGCAUCGCAUGGAAGUAUGGUUGUACCUAGUAUUCCGAUGCUGAUAAGUUUGACCGUUGUUCUGGUUGCAAUUUCACCGGUUUUUGUGAGCAUUUAUACAUGAUGAUGGAGAACGUUGAACGUUGUGAUGAAUGAAGCGGGUGUAGUCAGUGAAAGUUGUCGUUUUGUUUGCUGUUUUUGGUUUCUGUAGGACUUUCAAUUAAUGAAUUGGUUUGCCGUUUGCAUAUGUCGUUAUGGGACCCCAUGUAAUGCUCCUCCUUUUUUUCUGCUUCUCACAGUUAAUAUUAAUGGAUUCUUGGUCGCA